CUCCAUUACUGUUGACGUCGAUGAACUCUCGUUUCACUCUCUAUAUUAGGCAAUCUAUAUCGGCACCAUAGCAAUUCCUUCUGCAGUAUCCAAGAAGAAAAGUUCUCUUAUAUCCCCUUGGUUGAGUUGGUGGGACUCAUGGUUUGAGGAGUUAUUUGUGUGGAUGACUAGUACUCUUUAAACAUAGGAAUGAUUCUUUCUGCUCUUUUAACAUCUGUUGGAAUCAAUCUUGGCCUUUGUUUUCUAUUUUUCACUCUAUAUUCGAUAUUGAGAAAGCAGCCAGGUAAUGCCAAAGUUUACGCACCGCGGUUGGUUGCGGAAGGAAAAACUCGAGAGGAUAGUGAUUUUAACUUGGAAAGGUUAUUACCAUCCACCAAUUGGGUACGAAGGGCAUGGCAGCCCUCGGAAGAAGAUUUGUUGUCAACCUCGGGCUUGGAUGCUGUAGUGUUCAUGCGCAUUUUUACCUUCAGUCUGAAAGUUUUUACUUUUGCUGGUAUUCUUGGGGUUUUCAUUCUUCUUCCCUUUAACUAUAUGGGGAAUCAGUUGAGUACUGACUUUUCUGAUUUACCAAACAAGUCUCUGGAAUCCUUUAGUAUUUCAAAUGUUGACGACGGAUCAAACAGGUUAUGGAUUCACUUCUGUGCUGCCUAUGUUUUCACAGCAUUUGUCUGCUAUAUUCUUUAUCUCGAGUAUGAUUAUAUUUCAUCAAGAAGGAUUGCUUAUUUCUAUUCAUCCAAACCUCAGCCACAUCAGUUUACUGUUUUAGUUCGAGGCAUUCCUAUUUCAUCUGGGAGCAGCUACAGUGAAAGUGUUGAGAACUUUUUCAGAGAGUAUUAUCCUUCAACAUAUCUCUCGCAUUAUGUGGUUCAUCAAACAAGCAAACUUCAAAGGCUAAUUGUAAGCAUUUUAUGUGAAGCAUAGGUCUUUUGGUUCUGUUAGAUGAUAGAUUCAUUUGGUUUCUAACUUCCUACAAGGGUGUAAUGCAAUACUCAAC